CCGCAGUUUCCACAAUUUUGCCGAAGCCUAUAAAUACGAUACACAAUUUUCUGAAUCGACAAAAACAAUCCAAACUGAUCAGAGAAUAACCCACAAAUAAAUUAGGAUUCCUUUUCCUUCCUUUUUUGUAAUCUCUAAUUGAAAUGGAGAUCGUUAAGAGUGGUGCACAGUACGAUCGUGUAUUGAGUUACUUCGACGAAGAUGGAGACGGGAAGAUAUCGCCGUCGGAGCUGAGGAAUCGGCUGGGAUUGAUUGGAGGAGAGCUGCAGCAGGCGGAGGCUGAGGCGGCGGUGGAAUCGCUGGACUCGGACGGGGAUGGUUUGCUGUGUGUGGGGGAUAUCGAACGGUUACUGGAGGUUGGGGAGGAAGAGAAGUUGAAGGAUUUGAAGGAGGCGUUUGCUCUGUAUGAUAGUGAAGGUUGCGGGUUCAUAACUCCCAAGAACUUGAAGAAAAUGCUUAGGAAAUUAGGGGAGAGGAAAUCGACGGAGGAGUGUAAAAUGAUGAUUCGUCGCUUUGAUUUGAACGGUGACGGUUUGAUUAGCUUUGAGGAGUUUCAGAUCAUGAUGGCUUAGCUAACUCUGUACUUAUAUAUUUAUCUUCACAUUUAAUUCAUUCAUUCAUUCACUUUCAUUGUGUUUAUUGGAUAUAUUUGAUUUCAGUUGUUGAAUUGGGGCAUUUCCCAUUUGUAUAAAAACUUUUGAGAUUGUAUGGAUAAAUAAAUAUUCUAUAGAGAGUUAUAUGAAAUUCAUAAUGAUUUGUUGUGUAA